AUGCUUGCCACGGCGCGGCCUUGGUCAGGUGUCACUGUAGGUGAGCUGGCGAGCAGCAGCACUGGUAGUGUGUGUCACUUGCAGUCGUACCUGUGUGCGCGACCCUCCAGCAUGACCUGUAUCGCGAGCGCGGGUGCUGGUGCUGUCGUUGCAUGCUCGUCCGCCAGCAGCGUCGGUGGUAUGCGACCCACCCAACUCCUGCGUCGACCGCAGACGAUAAAGCCGAACCCGAAUGAAGCCACCAGCGGCCAGUUUGAGAGGAGUUUCGAGAAGUUGACGGACAAGAUCGAGUCGCGCCUUCCGUUCCGUCAGCACCACGUGCUGCAUGGCAACAUCUACGAGCACCCGUAUGGCGAGCGGAGUGAACAUGACAUGUGGGUGGAGGCGCAGGAAGAUCUGCAUGGACGCGAGAAGGAGAAGCCGGCGGCACGGCAGGCACGCAGCUACUUCUCCGACGAAGACCUUUCUCCAGAAGCGCUGCACGUCCGCUCGCCACAGCUGAAGGUGGCACAGAACCUUCAGAGGCAGGCGUACGACAAGAAGAUUCUGAAAACGACGGCGGAGCCGGCUGCCUACUACUACCCGGUGGUGACCUUGGAGGAGAAGCGGCGCUACCGUUGGAAGCUGAUUGCUGGAUGGAGCGCCGCUGGCGUGAUGACGCUCACAGGUCUGCGGCACCUGUGCGAGUACAUGCGCACGGCUGGUUAG